AUGGACGGAGACAUAAAGUACAAUAUGCGGAUGCUCUUAAUUAUUCGCGUAGAAGGCAUCAGACGUGGUACUGUAUGCUCGGUGUUCAUCUUGCAGGAGUUGGUACUACUGCACGACUUCUUGGGCGGUAUAGAAGGUCUGCAGCACCUGCGUCCGCGUAUCCAACGUGAGGCAGCAUUGCAGGAGGCUGCACGCCUAGCCCGCCUGAUGCGGGUGCGUGGCGAAUCUCUCCUCUUCCGGCGAGGCGACCCUGCCUCGGCUUGGUUCAUUCUCCUGUCUGGAUGUGUGCUUAUGGAUCACUCCAUGUUCCUGCCGCGCAAUUGUUUUGGAACUCGCCUUAACGGCAGUCAAGUGCGUCAGCAGGACUGUUUCGUGCUAGAGGACUCUGAUCUAAUUGUGAUAGCAUACUUGGAACGAGAUCCGCCGCAACCGCCACCGCCACCGUCUGCAGCCUCGCAACGGACGCAUCUCCGGCCUGCAUCGCAUAAGAAGGCUCUUUUGGUAGGUCUCGUUCCAAUCGCGGGUCUGGCCUCGGUUCAUGCUCUUAGUCCCUCCACACUCCCGCUAAGUAUUGUUGAAUUGUUCACCACUACCACGACUGAAUAA